AUGAGAUCCACAAUUAUAAUCAGAACUCUAAAGGUAUAUAUAACUAAUAUUAUAGAUACGAAGAAAACUCCAAAUUGUCAAUUUGGUGGAUUUGAUUUCUCAGCACUUUCUCAAACUCAAUACAGUGUAAUCGGAUACACUGGUGCUGAUAAAUACACAUAUUCUUUUAGUGUUUGUGGAUCUGCGCCAACUUGCACAACAAAUUUGAAAACCAAUGGUAUUUCUGGUUGCCAACAAGGUGCUGAUUUCACUGAAGAUACUGGUCAAACAUUAAGUGGUGUAUGGGCACCGAAUGCAACAGGAACAGGUGUUCAAGUUACCUACUAUGGAAGAAAAGAUGGAGCUUUAUCAAACUAUGGAAGACUAACAACCAUUCAUAUAUCAUGUGGUGAGACUCACGAAGCAGCAAGCGCCUACGAAAUACUAAAUUGCAAUUAUGAUAUCAACUUUAAAACACCAUAUGAAUGCUCUUCAUCAUCCAGUUUGAUGUCAACUGAAAACAAAAUGAUUGAUAACAGAUCGUCAACACUCAACGACAACGUAAUCAAUACCGAUUUCAUUGCAAUCGAUGCAUAUCUCCCAAUUAAAAACUCAUCAUUCUUCGAACUUCAACCGAUGUUAUCAUAA